GUUGCCAGCACCAUGGGACACAAUGUCACCGAGGGAGCUAUCAUCCAGCACUUGGCAAAGCUUCGCAGCCGUAGGGUUGCUGCUGGCAAACCUGUACCUCCGCCCCUGCGACGUGGCGGCCUUGGUGCCCCGAGCAAACCAACUGAAGCGACAUCAGGCAAGAAUACGCCCGACAGCAAGCCUCAGCGAGUCACCGCAGGAGCGAAGGACAAUGGUGAGACGGGAGCAAGUGAUCUCGCGGACGUAGACUCAUCUUCGGAUGAAGACUAUGUGGAGGGAAGAGCAUCCAAGUCACGCAAGAAAAAAACCAACACGGCCGGCUCACGGGCCCGACGUAAGCGCAAGCCCAUUGUCAAAUUAGAACGCGACACUGAUGGGUAUGACUCGGAUGAAGAAGAUGAAGACGACAAUCUCUUGGUCCCUGGCGCGGAGUUUCUUGAUUGCCCGAAUAGCAUGAGCUCACCCCCCGAGCGUCAGGUGGGGGGCCCGAAAGAUAACCAACCCAGGAAGAUAAUCGUACUCAAGUAUGCAAAACCUACCAAUCAAGCUUCUACUGGUGACAUCUCGGAGCCUGUCUUGGGUUCGACAUCUAAUGAUGCUUUCAUUGCAUCGGGCUAUACAUUGCAACAGCAACCUGCCGGGGCUAGUCAGUUCCCAAUUCAGAGCCAAGCCCCCUCAGCCAAACUAUCUGAAACUUUCUAUCAGAACGCUGUGCCCUCGGCGGACAGCUAUAUGCACUUACAGCCUGGUGAUCCUGGACACCAUCCCUCAACCCUCUGGUUCAACGACGCUACUCUUGGAUAUCCCAAUGCUGUUUACCACGGGCUUUCCAAUCCUGAUCUGGAUAUCGAUUUCUCUGGAAACCAUAUGAGUAACACAGACCAGCAAUUCGAUCAUUUGCCUGGCUUUGACGAUGAUUUGGUAGGCUAGUUGUUGUCACUCCGGAUGACGCUCUUGACAUACCAGCACUUCAAUGUCUCCUUUUGUAGCGAGACUUCAAUGACUUGGUGUCUUUCUUAUCGUACAACCAGGCACAGCUCAACAUUUUUUUCAUGCUCGUCUCUGGCAAUGAUCCUCGUUUUUUCU